AUGGCUCCGAAUUCCGUGCUCUUUGAAGUGUAUAAAUUAAAACGAUUGAUAAGAUUAUCCGUGAUUAUGUCUUUAGUUUCAACCAGUAUUAUCAUCAACGCAGCGCCAGAGACUGUGCGUUCAAUUUUUCUUGACUUUGAUAAUUACGAAUGGUCCGCUUUUGUGAAGUCUAUCAAAACGAAUCCGCCGAAGCCAUCUGCUUCAAUUGCUCCGGGAGAUAAGCUUGAUGUUGUCUUGGAAGGAAACAAAACAUUGAGGAUCAACCCAGUUGUUGUUGAAAACUCUCUGUCUGCAUUCAGAUGGAAGGGAAAUGUUGGAUAUGACACAAUUUUUAAUGGCAUACACAGUUAUGAGUUCAACCCUACGGAAGACGGCAAAACAGAGUUUGUUCAUAAGGAGGUCUUUGGGGGAUUGCUCAGAGGCCCGCUGUUAUACUUUGUCGGGGAUCUGAAGAAGGAUUUUAGACUAUUUACUGAGGCUUUGAAAAGCAAGUGCGAAGCUUAA